UGAAACCUUUUAAACAAACUAGAUAUUACGUGAUGUCUCCAUCCAAUAUUCUUUAUCUUUUUACAGUGGAACACUUUGACACCUCCAGUGAUAUCUCGCUCGUCACUUUAAGGUGGGCGCAGGGAGAAGACAAGACAAACACCGCCAACUGGCGGUCGCUUCUUCGACCUAGCUGGUCCAUGUAUUGCAUUUAGGAAGGCUUGGAAAUGAAUUUAGCAAUUGCAGCCUUUCAAAAUGAUGUGGACACUGCGCGAGCUUGCCUGGUGGCAGGGUGGAUGCCCAACGGCGUUGUUCGAUGGGAUGCCCUCAAAGGAACAUGGAUUCCACCAACCGAUGUCAGCGACAUGUCUCCAUUCCUUGCACGCGAUCUGCCGGACGGGAAACACGUCUAUGAUGCACUACCGCUCAAUCUGGCCGUGAUCGCUGGCAAUGUGGAAAUUGUCAAAAUACUACUGGAAGCUGGUGCACAACCUCAGGGCAAAGAUGGGCGAAGCAGGUCAGCUUUGGCAUGCGCCAUAUAUGGGUCGAUCGACACUCUUGAGAUAACUGCCCAAAACUUCAAAUCCGUCACGCAAUGCCGCACAGAACACAUUACCAUAGCUCAGUUGAUUCUACGGCAUUUGGCAUCUGAGAGUAACUCAAAGGAGAUUUUUGAUCAAGUUGUUAAUCAGCCUCAAGAGGGACCACUUUUGCGUGGAAUAACGUUACUGUGUCUUGCUGCGUACCUCGGAAAGUCUGAGCAAGUGAGAGUUCUAUUGGAGGAAGGUGCCGCUGUUAAUGCCAGAGAUAAGAAUGGAGCGACAGCGCUGAUGUAUGCUGCUCGUGAUGGCCACAUGGACGUCGUAAGACAUCUUUUAGCAUUCGAUGCAAACACAGAAUUAGAAGAUGCAAAUGGAUGGACAGCGAUACGGUAUUCUCGCGCGUAUCCAGAGAUAACAAGAUGCCUUGAAGAUGCUCGUUCUCGGCGCAUGGAUGCUACUAGCGUACUUCCCAAACCACUUUUGGCAGAUCUCAAUGCAAAAUACCCAAACUUGCCUUCAUCGCUGUUGUCCUAUCAUGCCUUACGGAAGCCCGCGGACGGCUCCACCAGCGGCUCCAACACCCCAUAUCAAAUGACGCCAGGCGCAUCACCACAAUUUCCGCCCAAUCACUAUAAUCUCGUCGCUGCCAUCAAGCAGCAAGACUUGCAUGCCUUGCAACUGGUGCUCCAAACUUGCUCUGAGGAUCAGAUCAAUCAGGUAGACCCAACUACGGGGUUAACACCGCUCCAAUAUGCCGUGCGUUCACGUCCAUUCAAACAUCCGGAAAGCGAAACGAUCGUGCGUAUCCUCGUUGCUAUUGGGGGUGAAGUGAACACCGCCAACCAGCGAAGUGGAAAGACUCCUUUACACUACGUAGUGCGGGAUCCAUAUCCCCACCCCGGCCCCUCGGCUACAAAUGAGACUGGGGCAGAUAAGCUACAGACGCUUGUAGAAUCCGUCCGAGCCAUGGUCCGAUUUCUUGUUUCUUCCGGUGCCAAUGUAGAUGUUCCCGAUUCAGAUGGAAAUAGACCGCUUCAUUUUGCGUGUAAAACCGGUGAUGAAGAACUAGUCAAGAUUCUCCUUCAAGACGGUCAUGCGGAUCCAACUGUGACAAACAAGAGAGGACGACGACCGGUGGAUCUAUGCCGCCGGGGUUCGAUGCGGGAGCUGUUAGCACAGGCUUCUGUAGCACAAAACUCGCACUUAUCGUCUGGUACAAAUGCUUCUACCACAACGUCAUCAGAUAAAUCGCAAAGGCCUGACGACCUACCUCAGAAACAUGUCCAUUUUGCUGUCCCUCCCUCAACAACUACGCCUGCUCCAGUGGAUGACGAGGACAAGAUCACGACUCCAAUGCUUAAAUCAUCCGAUUCUGCUUACAGUAGCAACGAAGGUUUAAAUGCACUGGUAGAUCAACCGCUUAACCGUGAUCAAUCGGGAAUAUCACAAUCGUCGUCCAUGUCAAGUCUACAUCUCAAUGCAGUAGAAGAUGACCGAGACGAAAAACUGACGAUACCACAACUCAACCAGCUCGUGGCGCCAUUAACCGGUGCACAGACUAAUGAAUGCCGGGAAGGCGAAGAACCUGCUUCUAUGCAAAGCAGAGCCACCGCGCAGCAAGCCUUCUUUGAUGUCCUCACCGCCUACGAGGAUCGAAAUUUAAAGCUGGAAGGCAUCAUUCGCGACAUGCAAGCUGAGCAAGACCGCAAGGAUUCGGUAUACCAAGAACAUCUAGUGCAACUUGAGCAUGCUUUAAAUGUGGAAAAAGAAAAGUCCGAACAGGCGGUUUUGGAUAUGAAAAUGUGGAAAAAACAGUGUGCUGAUGCGCAAAAGAAGGAAGCAGAGGCCAGAGAGUCGCAGAACGCUAUGCACCUCGCUUAUGAACGAGCGAUGCGAAUGUCGGCAGACUUGGCUGAAACGGUUGGACAACAGCAGCAGCGGAUUCUGGAGCUGGAAAGUCUCAAAACGGUUCCUUUAGUAAUCGCAACUCCCUUGCCCGGGGAAAGAUUAGAAUCGACGGGAUUGGAUACUCUAGAUAGCAAGACAACAUCAGAGCUUGAUCCACGGCCUAUCCAUGUGCGACUGGCGGAAAUUGAUCUGCAUUUGGACAUUCUGCGUGCCAAUGCCGAAGCGGUAGCAGCCGAUAUCCAAGAAGCAGAAUCAUCCUUGCAGCAAGUCCAUCACAAACGCGAUGCAGCGAUAUUGGAGACUAAUGUAACACAACGAACCAUUCAGACAUGUUUGGGAGAGUUGCAUAAAGAUGAGCAACUACUCGUGGCAGAGUUAUGUCGGUUGCGUCGCGAGCGGAGCGAGAUAGACGAUCAGCUGAAGCGUACUGGCAAGGAGCGCGAUUUGCUCUGGGAAAACGGUGGAAAGGCAGCUGCGGCCGCAGCCGGUACUUCGGAACGUGACCUCAACACGCUGGCAACAACAAUUCGUCCGAUUGAUGAUGCCGGAAACCGAUUGCCGUCGGGACCGGGCACAGGAUUCGUCACUUUGGAAGCUCUGUUAAACCAAUUCCAAUUGGAGAGCUCUGCACCCGUACCAUCAUCGCAGAAACAAAGCCGUCGACGAUCCACUUUGCGGUUAUCAACCAUAUUUGAUGCUCAGGAAGUGGAUGUAGACCUGGAUAGUGCUUUAUUAAGUCGUUUACUGUAUGCCGCUAAACAACGAAUUCACAGCCUGAAAAACUCGUUGGCAUCCUUGCAGACGUCAUAUGGCUCACUGCAGAGGCGAUUGGAUGAGCGCGAGGAUGAUCUGCUUGCAGCCAACCACCGAAUCACCGAGGCUGAGGCAAACGUCCAGAGAGUAAAUAUGGAACGCACGGACAUGGCGGGUGAGAUCCGUGCUGUACGAGCCAGAGAACGCAUCAUAUUGAGUCAAAGAAUGGAAGACGUCAAACUGAUCCGAAAACUUGUUGUCAUUCUCCUUGGAAAACGAUGUGUGUCGGGGGAACGAGUCGGAAUUCACGACAUCAAACCUGAUGAGCACGAAACAGAUGCGACAAUGGGGUUAUUGGGCAGAAUGCAGCGACUGAUCAGCGAGUUGAACCCAUCGAUUACGUCGAGACUACCACCCUACUCCAUGGACUCUGCGUUAUCCGAUGAGGCACUCCGAAUUCAAUGCUCUCCAGCUCCCUCUGAAUCCGGUGACUUUGACGAAGCGACCGAUAUUCAGCGCCGGGCGGAGCGGGCCCUUACCGUCCUUACAUUGGCUAUCGGGCGUUUUAAGGCGUACUUUGGACUAAUUCAGGACGUGCUGACGGAUAUGAAGGUUGAAAACCAAAAGUUUGUAAGGGAGAUUGUUAAUUUAAAGAGGGGAGGUGCUUCGCGGGUCAUAGAUAAUGAGGAAACAAGGAUCCCAAACGCAGUCAGUACCACACAGCCAUCGAUACCAAACGCCGUUAAGCCAUCUCCCCCGCAACCUGCUAGCGCUCCAUCCAAACAUCCCGUUCCCAUACCAGACUCGACGAGAUCGUCGUCGUCAUCGUCGUCUACAAAGUCCUCGCAGUCAACCGUAAUAGGAGUCAAUGCCCCCAAUCCCACACCAUUAACAGCAACACCCGCCGUUGAGAAAAUCCUUCAAUCUCUUCAGCGAUCCAAGUCCGAGUUGGCGGCACUAGAAAAGACUGCCGCAAGCACUCCGGCAGCAGUCGAUAAAAGGGUCAUGGAUGGAAAGAGAAGAGAAUACAUGGAGAUGGUCAAAUGUCUGAUGAGAGCCAUGCGGGAUGAUGGUGACAAAGUGGUGCUGGAACCGACUCUAUCAGAGACGUCUCAGUCGCCGUCUUUGGCAUCAUCAGCACCACCACCAUCUUCACGACCUCCCACACCCACUCUUGAAUCAUCUCUAUCUGACCAAUCUCCUUCCUUGGCAUCAGCUCCAGCACCUUCACGACCUCCCACGCCCACUCCUGAACCGUCUCCGACACCUAAAACCCGUGGCACACCAGUGCGUGAUGUACGCAAGCAUCCAUCCCGAAGGGUAGCGAUGGCCCAGAGUCGGAGCAAUGCCAAUGUGCUGCCAACAUUGUAUGAGGAAGGGGAGGAAGAUGGAGAGUCUGGAGGGGCUGUAAAGGAAAAAAGUGGGUCUUUAUUGGACAGAUUGAAAAAGGUGAAUUAUCAUGUGUUAGAUCUUAAAAAUGCCAUGCGAAGAGAUACGUAAAAUCGUUUUGUAGCGUUGACGUCUGCAGCCGUGAAGAGUGCAUUUGCUGCGCUGUUUUUUAAUUCAAAACAAGGCCCACUCCGCCGUCAUCGUCGUUGAG